CACGACAUUAAGUUUAUGCUCAGUUUCACGGAGCAGUUGAACAGAAAAACAAUAGGAUAAAGAGAGUUAAUCAUCAUGGCUGUAGCUGGAGGGACUAAGUGCAUUAAGUACCUGCUCUUCUUUUUCAACUUCCUCUUCUGGAUCUGUGGGUUGGCCCUGAUCAUACUGGGCAUCGUGGUGCAGGUGGCCAUACACAACACCCCAGUGAUUGAGAAGGUGUCCGGGUCAGCUGCGCCUAUCGUCCUCAUUGUGGUGGGCGUGAUCAUCUUCUUCAUCGCCUUCUUUGGGUGCUGUGGAGCCUGGAAGGAGAGCUACUGGAUGGUUGCCAUGUUUGCAGUUCUCCUCUCCCUCAUCAUCAUCAUCGAGAUUGGGGCUGCCAUCGCUGGCUACGUCUUCAGGGGCAAGCUGGGUGAAAUUGUCGACACCAGGCUCAAGGACAUGAUUGCCAGGUACAACAGCAGCUCGGCAGAUUUCAGGAAGACUGUGGACAAAAUGCAGGAGACUGAGUGUGAACGAUGGCUGAAGUGCUGUGGGGCAAACUCCACAGCAGACUGGGCUGACUAUGACAAAGACCACAUGUCUGUCCCGGACUCCUGCUGUAAGACGGUUACCACUGGCUGCGGUAAGGCGGCCAUGCACAAUCCCAGCAAGAUGUACCAGACGGGAUGUCUCCAUGCUGUAGAAGAUCUGCUGAAGAAGAAUGUGCAGGUAGUCAUAGUGGGGGCUCUUGUGAUUGCUUUCCUGCAGAUCACAGGGAUCGUAUUUGCCUGUCUGCUGAUGAGGGGAAUUCGCAGUGGCUAUGAAGUCAUGUGACCACACCACCACACACGGCCAGUGUGUCGCUAGAAGUAACAAGAAAAUACAUUUUCUUUUUUGUUUUCCCUUAAACGAUGGGACUCUGAUUUCUCACAUAUCUUUCUUGUUGUACUGUAACAGAAGAACAAAUAUUUUUUAUGAGGAUGGAAAAGAUGUAACAUAUAGCACUAAAUCCAGCAGGCAAAUAACCAGAGGAGUAAAUUCAGGCCAAAAUUCACAAAGGUGCACAUAUGCGCACACACACACGCACGCACGCACGCACACACACAAACACACACACAACACACACACAUACACACACGUACAUACAUACACAGGGCUUUUCUGUAUUACAUGCUUGAUUCUUUGAUUUUUUAAAUUUUUUAUUUCUUCUUAAAUAUUUGCCUCUCAAAUGAUUUUUGC